AUGUAUCGCAGAAUUGGCCCAUCGCGACCGCUGUCCGAGGCGUUGUGUCGUCCGACACGAGGCACUCGUAGCGCCUCAACUCACACAUCGACGAAAGGUCCUCUCUCCGGCAUUACGGUCGUCAGUCUUGAACAGGCUAUUGCAGCUCCAUUCUGUACGCGGCACCUGGCGGAUCUGGGGGCUCGCGUCAUUAAAGUCGAGCGGCCUGGCGUCGGGGACUUUGCGCGCAAUUACGACACCCGAGUCAAUGGCCUCGCAUCGCAUUUUGUCUGGACUAAUCGGUCCAAGGAAAGUCUCGCACUGGACCUCAAAAACACUCGUGAUCAUGGUAUCCUAAUGCGGCUUCUCGGCAAAGCGGACGUUCUGGUUCAGAACCUGGCUCCUGGAGCCAGCGCCCGGCUGGGACUAUCGCAUGUGGACCUUAAAACGAAGCAUCCUUCAUUAAUCGUAUGCAACAUUUCCGGGUACGGACCGGAUGGCCCGUAUCGCGAUAAGAAGGCUUACGACUUGCUUAUCCAAAGUGAGGCCGGCAUGCUUUCUGUUACGGGGACCGGGAAAGAGCCCGCCAAAGUAGGCGUCUCCAUCGCAGAUAUCUGCGCCGGGACCUACGCGUACUCUAAUAUUUUGGCCGCUCUCAUUCAACGGGGCAAUGACCCAGAAAAGCGUGGAUGUAACAUCGAUAUCUCCAUGCUGGAGAGUAUGAUUGAAUGGAUGGGAUUUCCGAUGUACUACACCUACCACAACGCACCAGGGCCGACCCCAGCGGGGGCUUCGCACGCUGCCAUCUACCCGUAUGGCCCCUUUGAAACAGGCGACGGAACGUCAGUCAUGCUGGGGAUUCAGAAUGAACGGGAAUGGGUCAAGUUUUGUGAGAAGGUUCUGUCCCUGCCUGACCUGGCAACCGAUCAACGAUUUGUCAACAACUCUCUCCGAUCGAAAAAUCGAGAUGCGCUCAAGGAGAUCAUUUGUGAGGUGUUCUCGUCUCUGACAUCGGGGCAAGUGAUUGCCCUGUUAGAUGAGGCCGCUAUCGCUAAUGCUAGUGUCAACGAUAUGCAAGGUGUUUGGGAGCAUCCUCAACUCAAAGCUCGGGGUCGGUGGACCGAAGUUUCAACUCCUGCUGGCCCCAUCCCUGCUUUGUUACCUCCGGGACUGACUCUAGGUGAACCUGGUCAAUCCUCGGCGAAGAUGGGAGCAGUUCCCGAUGUUGGGGAGCAUAAUACGGCGAUUUUGGCCGAGCUGGGGAUUGAUGACAGGGAAGAGUAA